CGGCGCGCGUCAGGAUGUUCUACUUCCACUGUCCGCCUCAGCUCGACGGAGAAUGCUGUCGCUCCAACACAUUAAAUUCAAGCGGGUUUGGAAACCACACCCCGGCUGAUUUUGACGACGGGUUUCUGCGCAGGAAGCAGCGCAGGAACAGAACAACUUUCACUUUACAACAGCUGGAGGCUCUGGAGGCGGUGUUUGCUCAGACUCACUACCCGGACGUGUUCACCCGGGAGGAGCUGGCCAUGAAAAUCAACCUGACCGAGGCCAGGGUGCAGGUUUGGUUUCAGAACCGCAGAGCCAAGUGGAGGAAGACAGAGCGGGGCAGUUCAGACCCAGAAGGAGGGAAGGAGCAGAUGAGUGAUGGAAGUCCUCCAUCCCGGAGCAUCAACUCUCAGUCCCCCGUGGACCACAACAGAAAACAGAAAGAACCACUGGAGAUACAGCAAAGUAUCAACAGGACAGUGGGUCCAGGUGGUCCGUUCUUUCCAUCGUGUAUUCCGGGUACACUCCUCAACUCUGCCACCUACGCCCAGGCCCUCUCACAAGUUGCCACCCUGAAAGGAAACGGUUUGUGCUCCUGCUGUGUUUCUGACCCCAUGGGCUUGUCCUUCCUGCCACCGUACGGUUGUCAGGGAAACCGCACAGCCAGCGUGGCCGCCCUGCGCAUGAAGGCCCGCGAGCAUUCGGAGGCUGUGCUGCAGUCGGCCAACCUCCUCAGCGCAGCAGCUGCACCCGGUGUGGGAGUCCUCUCUGGGGUUGGCGUGAGCGCGGCUGGGGUGGUCAGACCCACGGUGGGUCCCCCGAUCGAGGUGCCCGGCGCUGGCGUGAGAGCGGGGGACAGCUCCAGUCCCAGCACGGCCACAAAAGUCCCGGUCAUGGGCGGCGGUCCUGACAAACACGCUCACUGCUCCAAGGAGCCGCUGGAGAAAAAGUGAGGCGCUGGACACACGUGUGGAUGUACUGAUAAUCUGUGCCUGGUAUUCCUAAUCUACUCGGCU